AAAUUUCCCCAUGGUCACACACAGCUCGGCCAGCACGCAAAGACCACAUUCCAGGGCCAAUUCAAUCCCCUCUGGACGUGGACAUCCCUUGGUAGUGAUGUCCUGAGGCCCCUGUGUCUCAACGAUCAAGAUGGUUUCUGCAAAGCGGAAAUCCGAGGAUGCAGCGACAAAACAACCAAAUAAACGGCCCAGGUCCAAUUCCCAGAGCGGAACAGCGACUGCGGAACAAGAACAGACGAGAACUCCAAAACCGAAGCCAGUCUCCGUCCUCACCAAAGAACAGCCUGCCUUUCCUCGAGGUGGUGCGAGUUUGCUGACUCCGCUUGAACGGAAACAAAUUCGAGCAAAGGUUGCUCGAGAUGCAGACACGGAACAUAAGCAUUCACAGGACCUGUUUGCAGACCGGGACGCAACGGCGGACGUCGGAACAGACGAGGACGGCAGCUCUGGAGAGAAAUUGUCAGCGAAGAAACGGGAAAGACGACGGCACAAAGAUAAGAAACAGUCGGCGACCUCAGCGUCUGGUACAAACUCAGAGGUUCAGAUUGGAGGGCUCAGUUAUAAACGGAUAACGACAGGCUCCGUCAUAUUGGGUCAGAUCACAGCUAUAAGCCCAAGAGCGCUGACCGUGGCCCUGCCGAACAACCUGGUGGGUUACGUGCCUCUGACUGCUAUCUCGCCGCAACUGAGUGAGAAAAUCCAAGGCCUUCUCUCUCAGGAUGAUGAAGAGCACACCGACAGUGAAAGUGGCCGAGAUGAAGAGCGAGAUAUCGCUUUGUCAGGUUAUUUUCAUGUUCAACAGUACUUGCGGGUCGCAGUGACCUCCACGGAGCAAGAUAGGAUUGGGUCGAAAUCUCCUGCGCGAAAACGAAUCGAGUUGUCUGUCGAGCCUGCGAUGACCAAUGUAGGCUUGGAUCGGUCGAAUCUUGUCGCUGGCGCCGUUGUUCAAGUUUCUGUGAGCAGUAUCGAAGACCAUGGCUUAGUGGUUGAUCUGGCACUAGAAGACGGCAAAGUGCGCGGGUUUAUCCCCAGAAAACAGCUACCCAGUGGAACGUCUUUCCCAACCAUCAAAGUCGGCGCUGUUCUAUUGUGCCACGUCCUCGAAAUGAGCUCCAACAACAAAGUGGUAAAGCUGUCAGCAGACCUCUUCAAAACGCCUACCUUGAAGUCUGCACCGUCUGUGGAUACUUUCCUUCCUGGCACAAAGGCAGAGAUUUUGAUCAACAACGUUACAGACGCUGGGAUAUCCGGCAAGCUCAUGGGCAUGUUAGAUGUCACGGCCGACAUUGUUCAUUCGGGCUCAUUCAAGGAUCGACAAGCGUUUCUUGCUAAAUACGAGGUCGGCAAAAAGAUUACGGGUCGAAUAAUCUGCAAUUUUCCGCUUUCAGAUGUGAAGAAGCUAGGGUUCUCUGUUCUAGACAAUCUUGUCGAUUUGAAUGACACCAGUGAGGCCGGCGACGAGGAAACAGGAAAGUUGGCGCUGUCUUCCACCAUCGAAUCAGCGUCAGUCAUUCGAGUUGAACCAGGGCUGGGCGUUUAUCUGCGGUUAAACCAGAGCGAUAGAGGCUUUGUCCACGUAUCUCGUCUCUCAGACAAGAAGCUUGACACUGUCUCGGAAACCAGCGGACCGUUUAAGCUUGGAUCCGAACACAAGGUUCGAGUUCUUGAAUACAACCCCGUGGACAACCUUUACAUUCUGUCUGCUCAGAAGAGCGUGAUUGAACGACCGUUCCUCAGAUUCGACGACGUGCCUCUUGGAGCGGUCGUCCAAGGAACAAUUGAGAAGCUGCUGGUCGGUCCAAGCGGAGUUCAAGGCUUGUUGGUCACCCUAGGGGAAGGCCUGAUCGGUCUCGUGCCCCAAAUACACAUGUCCGACGUUGAUUUGAAGCACCCAGAGAAGAAAUUCAGAGAGGGCCAAUCCGUCACUGCUCGAGUCUUGUCCACUGACCCGAUCCGGCGCCGUUUGAGACUGACUCUCAAGAAAGCUCUAGUGAACAAUGACCAGAAACCAUGGCUACGUUUCGAAGAUAUCGAGACCGGAGAUUCCACAGUAGGAACGUUGACCAAGGUCGACCGCCUUGGUGCAGUUGUCCGGUUCUAUGGCCCAGUCAGAGGAUUCCUCCCCGUGUCGGAAAUGAGCGAAGCAUAUAUCAAAGAUGCCACGGAGCAUUUUCGAGUCGGUCAGGUCGUGUCAGUGAACGCAAUCAGCGUCAACGCUUCGGAAAAGCGCUUGACCGUGUCUUGCAGAGAUACCAAUUCGCCGAACGCGUCGAUCGAAAGCACCCUUGCGGCGCUGCAACCGGGCACUCUUACCAACGGUACCAUAUUCGAAAAAUCUCAAAACGACGUUUUGCUGCGCUUGGAGGGAUCCGACGCUAUUGCGCGAUUGACUCUCGAUCACAUGGCCGAUGGCUCUCUCAAGAAGCGAGAAUCUGCACUCAGCAAAGUCCGAGUCGGCCAAAAACUGGAAAAUGUGCUCAUCUUACAGGUCCUGGCAAAGAGGAGAUUGGUCUUGGUCUCUAACAAACAGAGUUUGGUACAAGCUGCGCAGGGUGGCACUCUGCUCCGAAGCUACGAGCAGCUUCAGCCCAAUGUGGUUGUGACAGGCUUCGUGAAGAAUAUCACAGAAGAUGGCGUAUUUGCGGGCUUCGCUGCUGGCAUAACUGGGCUAAUUCCCAAAGCUCAAGUACCUGUCGAGGUUGAAAGCGAGCCGGACUUUGGGAUGGCCAAAUUACAACCUAUCACGGGUAGAGUUCUCUCCAUUGAUUACAGGGGUGCCACGCCUCGCUUUUGGCUGACGAUGAGAGAGGCUCCCCCUGCUGAUACCGACAUAUCGAGCAGACCCGAUGCUUCUACGGAUUUCCCCAGGCUCAUCAACCCGGUAGAUGCGACCCUUGAAACCGUCAAGGAUCUAUCGGUCGGAAAAGUCACAAAAGCGAGGGUCGUCUCGGUCAAAGAGACACAAAUCAAUGUUGAAUUGGCCAAAGACGUGCAAGGGCGCAUCGACGUUUCGGAAGUAUUCGACGAUUGGAAGGACAUCAAAGACCGGACGAAGCCACUGAGGCAAUUCUCUCAAAAGCAAGAACUCCUUGUCCAAGUUCUCGGGGCGCAUGACACGAGAAACCACAGAUUUCUACCGCUCACACAUCGGAAAGGAAAGAACACGGUAUUUGAGCUCACCUGCAAGCCAAGCUCAGUCUCGGGUCCAGAGCAAGCCCGAUUGACGCUGCAGGACAUGACAAUGGGAUCAUCAUGGCUUGCCUUCGUCAACAACAUCUCCGACGAUUGUGUGUGGGUCAAUAUUUCACCCACAAUUCGCGGAAGAAUUCGUGCCAUCGACAUCUUCUCCGAUCUGUCACUUGCUGCCAAUUUGCCUCGUAACUUGCCCUUAGGCUCUGCUCUACGGGUCCGAGUCCUCAAUGUGGACGCCGAGAAGGGACAUUUGGAUCUAACCGGACGCCCCGACGGGACGGCCAGCUCUCUAACGUUUGCGAAUAUCUCGACGGGGCUGGUACUCCCUGGGCGGGUGACGAAGGUUACCGACCACAAUGUCAUCGUCCAGCUUAGUGAGCAGGUGGUUGGUGUUGUUGAGUUGAUUGACAUGGCGGACGACUACGCUGAAGCAAACCCCGCAAAGUACCAGAAGAAUGAUGUCCUUCGGGUCUGCGUGGUCAAGGUGGAUGCUCCCAACAAGAGGGUCAAUCUGUCAACCCGGCCUUCCAAAGUCCUCAGCUCGUCAAUGACUGUUACCGACCGAGAGAUCAAUUCACUCGAACAAUUAGCUGUCAAUGAUAUCGUCCGUGGAUUCAUCAGUAACGUGGCCGACAAAGGAGUCUUUGUGACAUUGGGUCAUGGCAUCACGGCAUUUGUUCGGGUUAGCAACCUGUCGGACAGCUAUCUGAAGGAGUGGAAGGAUCACUUUCAGCGCGAUCAGCUUGUGAGAGGGAGGGUCAUUAUGGUUGACAGGGAUUCCGGUCACAUCCAGAUUAGCUUGAAGGAGUCGGCACUAAAACCCGACUACAAAGCGCCUCUCACCUUCAAUGACUUGAAAGUGGGAGACGUUGUGACUGCCAGAGUCGUCAAGGUUGAGUCCUUUGGAGUUUUCAUUCUCAUCGACAAUUCCGAGAACGUGCGUGGGCUCUGCCACCAUAGUGAGAUCGCCGAACAACGAGUCGAGGAUGUCGGCAAGCUGUUCAGUGAGGGGGACAAGGUCAAGGCCAAGGUGUUGAAGAUCGAUACUGCGAAACGCCGCAUCAAUUUUGGCAUGAAAGCUUCAUAUUUUGGUGAUGCCACAGAAGAUGCAGAAAGCGAUUCUCCAUCUGAGGAUGAAGCUGAGGAAGGUGGUGCGCAUCUCGACCAGGAACCAGAAAGCUCCGAAGACGACGAGGAAGCACUGUCCCAAGAUGAGGACGAGCAAGAUUCGGAAGGAAAUUCAGAGGACACUGACGAGAGGCUUGAAGACGAGGCUCAGGAGUCAGAAGACCACCAAAAAGGCAGCGACGUCCUCCGGGAUGCCACGAAGCCGACCGACAGCAAAGGUCUCUCCGUCGGGGGUUUCGACUGGUACGGCAUUUCCGAACCCGCGCGAAACAAGCGGGCGGCUGAAGCAUCGGACUCGGAAGCCGAAGACUCAGCCAAAGCACCCAAGAAGAGGAAGAAGCGAGCACAAAUCCAGGUCGACCGAACAGCAGAUCUGGACGUAAAUGGACCUCAAUCGGUGGACGACUUCGAGCGGUUACUCUUGGGCGAACCUGAUUCAUCUCUGCUCUGGCUCCAAUACAUGGCCUUCCACCUUGACCUAGGCGACGCUGAUCAGGCACGGCAAAUCGGCGAGCGGGCCUUGAAAGCCAUCGGCCUAGGUCAAGAUGAAGAAAAACUCAAUGUCUGGGUGGCACUGCUCAACCUAGAAAACGCCUAUGGUGAUGACGAAAGCAUCGAGGCCAUGUUCAAACGGGCAUGCGAGUAUAAUGAUCCGCAAGAGAUCUACUCGCGAUUGACCAGCAUCUACAUUCAAUCGGGAAAACAUGACAAGGCGGACGACAUGUUCCAACGCAUGUUGAAGAAGUUCACGCAGGACCCCAAAAUGUGGGUUAAUUAUGCGCAUUUCUUAUUCGAUACGAUGAGCAACGCGGAGAAAGGGCGAGCACUUCUUCCGCGAGCUCUUCAGACUCUGCCUCGAUUCACGCACUUUGACGUUACCUUGAAAUUCGCUCAGCUCGAGUUCAAAUCGUCCCACGGGCUAGCUGAGCGGGGACGGACGAUCUUUGAAGGGUUGAUCAGUUCGUUCCCCAAGAGGGUGGAUUUGUUCAACGUGCUUCUCGACCUGGAGCUCAAGCUGGGAGAGGAGAAUAAGGAACAGGUACGAGGGUUGUUUGAGCGAAUAUUUGGUGGCAAGUUGAAACCCAAGCAGGCCAAAUACUUCUUCAAACGGUGGAUGGAGUUCGAGGAGAAGGAAGGAGAUGAACGGCGGGUCGAGGAAGUCAAGGCCAGGGCAGCGAAGUGGAUCCGCGAUGCUGGCAAGUAAGUCGGCGAGGGGAAAAAGAAAAUCGGAUCUGGGUUGGUGCUCUGGCACGAUCUGGCCUAUACGGCGGGAGUGCCGAGAGAGUGAGACAUGGAACAGUCGAAGGAUGUAGAUGGCUGUAACGCUUGCUGGUGGAUUCUUGGUACAACAUAAAAUGAGAUCAUGGCACAAAACCGCAAAAUGUCAUUGUGGACUCAUGAGACGGUGGUCUCCGAGAGCUUCUUCCUCCUCCUCUUGUGAGGGGACAAGUAUCAGAUCUUUUUUCUUUCCCUGCGGUGCCUGAGGUGCCUGGUGGUAAAAUUCUCAGUGUCUGGCCACUGCCACAAGAAGCGACUAUUAGCCAAGAGGAAUUCCUGAGGCCAAUCGUCUGUGUUCGACGACGGAUCCAUUGUUCCGUUCGCUGGAGCCCAUGAAGUCACAUUCGUCGGCCCUGAGCGCAUCGGCAGGGGGGACAAAUAGGGCUCGAGAGGUGGUGUGGAUAUUGUUACUCGACGGAAAAGAAAGGCGAGCAGCAGGGGAGCGAGAAAUUCUCGGUUUUUUUUCCUUUUCUCUCUCGUAACAUCUAUCAAGUAAUGGAUGGAGAGAAGUGAGCGACGGAUCAGGAUCUUGACGGACGGACAAGUGGGCAAAACUUAGCGACGGCCUUGUCCACCAUCAGAGCUGAAGGGCCUUCUUUUUCUCGAUGCGAUGCAAAGUUUUGGAUGAAUAAUAACAUGGUAUAAGGAGGAAAUGAACAUUAGCUCUGGGAUGUUGUUGCCUGGAAAGGCAGGUGAGAAACAAGGACCCUGGCCGACCUGAAAGAGAGGAGAAGGAAGUUCGCAGAGCCACGCAGGCAUCAGUAUUCCCCGGCACCACAGCGUGGGUGUGGGCUUGCUUUUGCUCCAGGUGCCAGGUCUCCAGGUCGCCAGGUGGCAUUGUGCCCGGAAGAGUGGUGCCAGAGGCCGCGUGGUUUUCCGUUGCAGGCGUCUGGCCGCUAAUUGCAGCCUUAAACUGGGCCCCAGCCAGCCGGAAGCACCCUUCACCACCCCUGAAAUGGC